CAAUCGCCGAGAGCUUUUCAAAAUAUUGGAGCAUUCGGAUCUCCAUCAGCUGAGCCAGUGAAAAUGUCGGGUCGUGAAGUGUUCGAUAUUUCUCCGGUUCAGAGGAAAAUCCUCGAGGAAAAGCAGAAAAGAGCUACUGCCCUUCGUCAUGACUAUCUGAAGCAGAGAUUGAAUCCCUUUAGACAUGCACUUGGAGUUGGAGGCACAGUCGAAGACCCUGCUAUCUUGCGCUUCCAAGCACAUCGUGCCACAAUAUACGAGAGAUUCAAACCAACUUGGGGGAACGCUGCUUUCCACUUCGCAUGCACAGUUCUGCCCAUGAUCAUUGGAAUAAUCUUCAUAGGAGCUGAUAAAAAGAGAACAGAGCGUCUGCGUCGCACCGGCCACGUCAGUUACUACGACAGAAACGAUAAAUUCUGUUGAACGCGUAUAAUCAAUCCACUGUAGAGCUAAUGUUAAUAUCAAAUAUUGGGGAAUAAACGUUGAAUGUACCUAA